CCCCCGCGCAUGCGCCUUGCCGCCCCGGCGUUGCAUUGCUCCGACUCCGAUAGUCCAAUCCCCAUCCCCACCACUGGCCGAUCGAUCAUUUGGCGGAAACAGCAACACAAAUCCAGCGAGAUGGAGCAGUACCAGUACGCCUCCUACAUGUACAACAGCAGCAGCUAUCCCGAUCAUGCAUCCGGCUGCGCCGGCGGCGCCGGCGUCACCGGCGCGGCGGCGGAUGCCGGGGCGGACGACAUGCAGCGCCUGCUCAACGCGCUGAUGCUCGACAUGGCCGCCGAGUCCGAGUCCUUCUCCGACGACAUGGAGGCGGCCUCGUCGGACUCCUCGUCCUCGGCCUGCUUGUCGGCCGCCAACGACAGCGGCGAGAAGAAGAGCUCCGCGCUCGGGCGGCCGGCCACCUUAAUCGGUGUGCGGAAGCGGCCGUGGGGCAAGUUCGCGGCGGAGAUCCGGGACUCGACGCGCAAGGGCGCCCGCGUGUGGCUGGGCACCUUCGACAGCCCCGAGGCGGCGGCGCUCGCCUACGACCAGGCCGCCUUCUCCGUGCGCGGCGCCGCGGCGGUGCUCAACUUCCCCGUGGAGCGCGUGCAGGACUCGCUCCGCGCGCUCGCGCUCUCCGCCUCCUCCGCAUCCGCCGCCGCCGCCGCGGCGGCGGGGUCCCCUGUCCUCGCGCUCAAGAGCCGGCACUCCAUCCGCAAGCGCUCCCCGAACAAGAACAAGAAGCCGCCGCCUCACCAGCACCAGCACCAGCGGCCGCAGCAGCAGGCGGCCGCCGCCGCCCCGCCGCCGCAGCCGGCGUACCCCGGCAGCGUGGUGGAGCUGGAGGACCUGGGCGCCGACUACCUCGACGAGCUCCUCCGGGUGUCCUCCGAGCUCGACCAUUGGUAGUAGCUCCUCUAUCCCAGUCAGCUGCUGCGGAUGGGACACGCGAUCGAUCACCAUGUAACAACCAUGCUUGAUGAACCGAGGUUCAUCGGGAUCGAGUUGAGUUAGUAGCAGAGAGGCAUGCGGAGGGCUCAAAGCUAGCCCCUGCUCUGUCCUGGCUCGCCAAAUUGCGAGAUCGACGACGACGCGAUGGCGCGCACCACACUGUACACUUGUGCGCGCCGAUCUUUAUCCCAUCAGAGAUACUACUGUUCGCCUUCGGCUUGUAUUUAAAUUCUGCACAGUACCGGCCCCACCACACUGGCUGGUCUCUGUUGCUCCAGGCUUCCUCCAUCAACUUGUUUGCGUUGCGACAACCAUUUUGAAGAUAAUUGCUAGCUCUAAUUAAAGGCAAA